UCUUAACCCGACACCACACAUCUCUGCGGGAACCACGAGACCACGUCAUCAAAAUUCAUCCUUGCCACCUGACGCAGCGGACCAUCGACUUAUUUAUCAAACAGAAAUCCUUUGCGCUUCGGACGACACCGAUCACACCAUUCCAAACCUCCGUUCUAACACGGUGUAUAGUGUGUCGGUACGUUCAAAGCUUGUCAAUGGGGAGUGGGGAAUUUGGUCGCAACCCUCAUUAUUAUUUGCGACGGUCCCGGCAACGCAGGUGGAGUUCACGGAUAUUGGGGAGAAGUUUUUGAAGGUGGACUGGAAACGAAGUGCACAACGGAUUCCUCCACAAAUUAAAAAUCCUUCCGCUGUAAAAUGCGGGCUUGGCACAAUUAGUGCAUCUCGUGUGAAGGUGCGUGAGAUUGGUGGUUCAUUACAAAGAACAUAUGAAUUGAAUAAUUCCUUGAAAACACUCCGGAUUGAUGCGCUUUCCCCUGCAUCUACCUACGCCGUUUCCGUACAGACAUACAAUGACAACUAUGAAUGGGGUGUUUGGAGUGAAGAGGAAAAAGUCCGCACAAUCCCUGGUAUAGAUAUUGCAGUACAACAUAUUUCUGAGGAUGCCGUUUGGGUUGCAUGGAAGCGUAAAUCCGAUGUAUCUAAUUUUGUGAAUUAUGAUACGGCCCUUAAUGUGGAUGUUAUUCCUUGUGCAUACGAGAUUAGCAUUGUUGGAGGUGGACACUUUAACUAUACGAAGGAGAUGGAUACCAACACUCUUUUCUUUCGUGGUCUACAACCGGAUACUUUGUACAAUUUUCAGGUACGGGCGCAGUCCUUUGAGAGCCAAGAGUGGGGACUUUGGUCUACGCAGUCGUUUCGUACAAAGCCUCGACUUCGUGUGACAUUUGGAAAUGUGGGUGAACAUUUUGCGAUUGUGGAGUGGCGCCGCCAUUUGCCAAGUUCUAUUGGGGAACGGGAUGUAAACACCGUUGUGGAAUCAGAGGAUGUAGUACAGCAGUUCCGACUGAAGGUGGAACGUGCGGGCAGCAAGGAGACUUACGUGUAUGACUUAAGUCCAUACAUCAGCAGCUUCCGUCUCAAGUCUCUGCAGCCUUCAUCUGAGUACCGUGUAUGGCUCUGUGCCAAGGGGUAUGAGGGUGUUUGGGGGUUCUGGAACGAUGAGGCCAUUUUUCGUACAUUGCCCAAACUGGAACUGGAAGUGACUGCCAUUGGCGAAGAUUACGUGACGGUUUCAUGGAAACGUGGAAAAUGGGUGGGUGAAACGGUGGCUGAUACCGAUGCGGUUGUACGGGAGGCAGAUGGUGCCGUGAGUGGCUAUAAAGUGCGGGUGUUAGAUAUAAAUGGAAUGGAGGUGGUAUCACAGUUCAUCGGGUUCCGUGAGACCUCCUGUACUCUCUCGCCACUCAAGCUGUCGAGCGUUUACUCUGUCGAGGUGUCGGCCAAAGAUACCUACGACGAGUGGGGUCUUUGGAGUGAUGCGAAGCACUUCAUGACACUUGAGGCGGUGGAUUUGCGUAUUAUUAGUGUGGGUGAAGUCUUCGUGGAGGUGGAGUGGGGUCGCUGCCGUGAAUUAUUACGUCGCCGCCGAGCCCGGCAUGGCCGUCGUCGACGUCGCAACUCCACUCUAUCCUCGGAUGAAAAUCGCUCCGGCGGAGACGUCGGUAUGAAUGAGACGGAGGGCAUUUAUAACGGUGGCAACAAUAGCGCCGAUGGAUCCUCUAAACAGGAGAACGCCAGCGGUAUGGAGUUGCCGGACACGGAUGCGAGGGCUUCUGCCAACAACAGGACGAAUGAUCAAGAGGGCCCUUACCAAAAUGAAGCACACAACAUCGCGGAAAGGAAUGACGGUGAUGAGGAUGGCGAAGAAUAUGAAUUUGACUAUGAAGAAGAAGAAGAAGGGGAAGGGGAAGAGGAAGAGGAAGAGGAGGGGGAGGAGUACUACUACUACGAAAAAACACUUCUACAUGGUGAUGACGGUGUACUAAAUUGGCAUCUGCGUGUCCAAGGACAGCGGAUAUUUGGUGGACAGCCUGGGGCAGAGGACUUUGCGGAACUGUGUAUUGCUGCGGACGAGCUACAAUGUGUCAUUGACUCGUUGUUGCCGUAUGCCACUUACUCCGUCUCUGUGCGGGGCCAGGACAAGGGAGGUGCAUGGGGCCACUGGAGCGAACCACGCAAGUUGGUGACAUGUCCUCUUCUCGCCCUCACUGCCGACAGUGUCACGGAGACAUUUAUUCACGUCACAUGGAACAGACCUCCUGCGACACUGACGCUGCCGGAAGGUUUUAUUUGUUUCCCACCUGCAAAUGACAUUCACAAUUAUCAGGUGCACAUUGAACCGCUUGCGACAGAGGUACCGUUUGAUGAACAGGAUGAGCCCCUUGUGGAUGGUGCACGUGUGUAUGAGACCUCUCAGCCAUCCUUAAGGCUCUGGAAUCUUUCCCCUGGUGUACGCUAUCGGGUCGUGGUCCGAGAGCAGAUGAUUAACGCUCAAGGCGAAUUUGUGCCCAACGCAUGGGGAUGCUUUUCUGCUAUGCAGGUGGUGGAAACCGUAAAUCCAAUGAAGGUGGUUCCGAUUGAGAUAGGGGAGGAUUACUGUCUUGUCGGAUGGCAUCGUGUCCAGCGUCCAGCCGACAUCGCGUCCGAUAUAAGUCUUGUGACGGGUGUGGCGAAGGUCACCGCGUACGAAUUGCGUGCGGUACGACUGGACGAGAUGGCAAAAAAGGAGUAUCAAGGCCCCUUGGCGAUGGAUGCGGUCGUGCCACUGGAGGCAAAUGAGACCUCGUAUCAUUUGGUCAAUAUUGUAAGCAACACCAUCUACGCCCUGAGCAUCCGCGCGCAGAUGGAGAGGUAUUGGGGUCCAUGGAGUGCCGUCACAAAGUUUGUGUCGCAGAGUCGCUUGGAGGUAAAGGUGCGGGCUGUGUAUGAGGACACGUUUGUGGUGAGCUGGAGCCGUCCACUGCCGGAGUGGGCGCUGUCACGUGCGGAUUACAGGAACCUCAACGGAGAGACAGGGUCCAGGAGAGAGAAGAAAACGGACGCGGAUUUUGUCGUGGAGGAAGUCACCGAUGAAAAGGAGGCAACAGGGGAUGAAAGCAUCAACAACAGUAACGACAACAGCAGUAAAGGCAGCAGUUUGUCCGUGGAAAGCAGCAAUGAUUUUUUUGCCACCGUAUUAAUUGGGGACUACUCCGUUGAUCGGUACGAAUUGUACGUGGAUGGGAUCACAUGUGACAUGGAACAGUGCCUGACGCUGCCGAAAGAACAGAUGUCGGCACGCAUCGGGGGACUUAAACACAACCAGAUUUAUUCCGUGUGCAUUCGCUCACAGAGUGCGAAACAACAUUGGUCAAUGCUGUCGCGGCGCGAGUCAUUGCUGACGCUCACACCAAUGUGUGUGGAUCUGUCACACUACACAGAAACCAUGACGUUGAUUCGAUGGUUUCGUGCCCCGCAGGAUAUCAUGGUGUACGAUGCCCUUUUAGAGGGCCGCCGGGCCGAGGAGGAACGGCGGUGCGAUGAGCGUGAGCGACAGGAUCUCUUUGAGUUGAAGCGACGUGCGCAAGGGAUGGAGGAGUCUGUGGAGCGAAAAUAUUUGAGUGAUCAUUUGGCGGUGCGGCGGGAACAUAAUGCCGCGCGUCGCAUGGAUGCGUUGCAUCAUCUGCGGAUUGAGAACGUUGUGUUGGGGGAUGCCGAGGUGACGGGUUAUCAUUUCAAGUUUAUGGGGAAGGUUGGGGGAUGCAUGCCGUCCAUUCCAGGAGUUCAGCGCAUGUUGCUGCAACAACGUGGGACACACUCGUCUAGGAGACGGAGACAAGAGAGCGCGAAGAAAUCAGCCGGCAGAAUGCGUCGGCAACCAAACCAGGAGGAAGCCGCCACCCACACGUUGGGGGACGCCGCUGCAGGGAAUGGUGCGGCACCUGCAGUGGCAGAAGACGAAUUCCCCUCGAAGGAGGAUGCGUCGCUUAUCGACGUUCAGUUGGGCUCACAUGUCACGAGUGUCGUUGUGAAGGAUUUGGAGCCGUACGCUUCGUUUUCGGUGCAGCUGCGUGCCCGCAAUGCGGCGGGUGAGUGGUGCCCAUGGAGCCAGCGCGAGAGCAUCACAACACUGAAGUCCAUCGAACUCCACCAGAACCGCUUUGGCGAGCAUUACAUCAACUUGUACUGGCACCGUCUACCAGCCGCGUUCAUGCAGCAAAUGGAAGACGAUGAGGCGCAGCUGCAGUCUCUGAACGAGGAAUUUGGCCACAUGUCAGCCAAAGAUCUCGAGGACAAGAAGAGGGAGCUGCCGGAGUUGGAGUACAAUGCGAUUUUGGAGAGGCUCAAGGGAUGGUGCGAACUGAAACGUCAGGUGGCAAAUGUGCGUUCACAGCUUUCACGUGGUCUUGGAGAUGUGAUAGUGCAUGAAAAAACCCCUGUGAAGGGUUUUCAGUUGCGUAUCAUUCACGAAAGUGGGAAAUUUAUGGAUUAUUACAUUGACAAUAAAAACAAUAUUCACCAUGACAAUGACAGCAACAACCAAGCCAAUAAUGACAAAACCACUAUGGAUACGACGGAUACUGUUGUCACAUCGACCACAACUCCCAUGAACUUUACAUUUACCGUCACCGGACUGGUGUCGAAUACGAUGUAUAUUGCCUUGCUGUGUGCCGACUACGGCGUUGCGUGGGGACCCUGGACGACGCCACUUAAAUUCAUGACUCAAAAUCUUAUUCAACUCUCCAUUACAUACAUCUCGGAGGUGUUUGUUGAAAUUGAGUGGUAUCGUGCGCCAAACAAACGUAUUCCACCAGGUGAAGAAAACAACGUACUGACAAGUGAUGCUGUAUCAAGCGAGGGCCGUGUUUGUCAGGUGCGUAUAACGUACGAGGAUGAGGAAAAUGACGGUAAAAUAGUAGAGGAAUACCGUACCAUGCGCUCUUGUAAUAUGUUUCGCAUUGACAGGUUACGCACCGAUACGAAAUAUACUUUUGCCGUUCGUGAGUGGGAUGCGGAAGGGGAUUGGGGGCUGUGGUGCGCACCAAAGAAAUGUGUAACGUUGCCUGGAAUGGAAACAACUGUAAAGGAGCUUGGCGAAGACUGGGCGGAGAUUACAUGGCGCCGCAAGGAGCGGCGUGUGGACUACGACGAUGACAUUGAUGUGUUACAAUAUGACUUGGAAAAGCUUUCUUACUAUUUGAGAGUUCAGGAAUUGCCCGAGAAUGACGAUGACGAUGAGGCACACGCGGUGCCCCUUGAAGAAAUGAGAGAGAACACCACGGAAUUGAUAAUCUCCGAUGAGGUGGAGAAUAUUUUUACCUCCAGCCAUAUGACACACGGUGUAUUGCCAUUACAAGAACAUCCAGCAGAAUUUGAAGGUGAGAAGGAUGGCCUUCAAUGCUUGAUUCGUCGAUUUGGAAAAGACGUUGUCUCCUUUCGACUGGAGAAUUUACGACCAGACCGAUUCUAUAAUGUACAGGUGAUGUGUGAAACACCAGAGGAUCGUCUGGGUGCGUGGAGCAGUGAUCAGUACUUUAUCACCAUGUCAAAGAUUAAAAUUUCAACUCAAAACAUUGACGAGCAGUAUGUGGAUCUUGUAUGGCAACGUUUACCACCAAGACAGCAUCCAAAGCUUAAUAUGAGUCGUGUGUUUACAGGACAUUACAUGACCAUUGCAUAUGUAUUAGAAGUGAAGGGUGCUGGUGACUUUUACUUGCAUGAACAAUUACAAGGUCAUAACAAUACUUCAUAUCACUUAAAGGGUCUAUCUCUGAAUACUAUAUACAGUGCCCGAGUGUACUCCAUCAAUGAUGUGGAUAUGAAAAGUCUGUGGUCUGAGACGCUGCGUUUUGUGACACUUGACCGAGUUAAGGUGCAGCCAUUUGAAAUAUCAGAGCAGUCUAUCAUAUUGGUUUGGGGGCGUGAGGAGCAACGGCCCUCAUGCCCAGAGACUGGUGGAAAAUACGAUCCUACAAUAAGUGUUGGAAGUCGGGAAUCGGGUAACUAUCUUUUGCGUGUAUACCAGGGCUGUGAGUUCUCUCGGUCUUUGUUACUGGAGAAGAACUUUCCCGGUGACGUGCACAAGUUUUCUCUGGCGUCCCUUACACCGAACACACCGUACGUUGUCUCUGUGCGGGCAACAAACCUGCUAGGGGAGUGGGGCUUGUGGUCAGAGGAGCGUUGUGUGUAUACAAUGAAGCUUAUCUGCGCAGAGAUUGCGGCUGUUGGGGAAGACUACAUUCGAUUUCUCUGGAAACGUGAGGAACCGGAUGAGUUGCAGAUUGGGGAUUCAUUAAAUUCUCCUAAACAACCCAACAAAAGUGGGUAUGAUGUUUUCACUGAGGAACUGGGCGAGGCGGAGACAAUCGCCAUGAACGCCGACACAACCGACAAUGACGUCAUUCCAGAGAGACGCACCAGUGAAGGUGUUGAUGGUGCUACGGGCAGUGUUUGUGUGCAGCCACCUACUGAGGCAAAUGUGGAGAUGUCUGGACAAAAACGCCACUCGAUGCGUGGCGUCAACCGGAAAAAGUACCCACUGAUGGACCGUCCAGAGCGAAAGGGUGUGGUGUACAACAGUGCAAAUACAAUUAUUGACGUUUAUGUUGUGAGUGUGCGACGCGCGGACGAGGCUGAGGACUACACCAUUGAAGUGCCUGGUGAUGCUACCAGUUUUACCGUUCCAUCAUUGCGACCGGAUACACGUUACUCACUGGCUAUUUGCGCCCGCUACGGGAGUGGCCAGUGGGGUAUCAGCAGUGCCUAUGUCACGAGUGGUACGCUCAACGUACUCAAGGUGGAGUUAUCGGGCCUUGGUGAGGAUUAUUUGACCGCCGCAUGGCAACGCUUACCCAUCACAUACGACACGAGUACGGUAAGUCAUGGACGCAAGGAGGACGCCAUCUUUUAUGAGCUUGCGGUCCACGACUUUACGGAUGUUUCUUUUGGUGAGGAGGAUGUGGAGGAUUUGGCGCCCAGGUUGAGACGUACCGUUUUUGUGCCGGCGAAAGUGUGGUCUUGUACCGUGAAGGAGUUAUUUUCCCACCAUCGCUACCGUGUGUGUGUUCGACGGUGGUAUAAACCGCUUGAGGCAUUUAUAAACGACGCCCCUUGUGAGUCUCCAAGUACGGAUGAUGAGCAAAUAUUGGAUGCGAUACGUCGUAAUCACGGUUUACCUGGUACAUGGGGCGAAUGUCUCUACGACGUGACUUUGCGUGAUAUGAUGUGCUUCUUGACAGAUAGUGCGGAAGACUUCUUUGUUGUGCGGUGGGAGCGGGAUCCACGGGCCCCGGCAUUGCCAGUCCUUAACCCAUUUGUCCAAAUGCCUGUACAAGGUUACCACCUACGUAUCGAUGAGAUGCAGUGGGACGGCGUCACCGUUGUCACCAGUGCCGAUUCCACUCAUAUUGAUCAAUCGCUUGAUGCCAACGAAACGAAUUACAAGGCGCAGAACUUGAGACCCGACACUUUGUACCGUAUUGAUGUACGUUGCUGCGUUGACAAUGUUUGGGGUCGUUGGAGCCGUAAUUUGUUUGUUCGAACGUUACCCAAGCUUGUCAUUGAUAUUGCUAACAUUGGUGAAGACUACGCAGCAUUUUCAUGGCAAAGACCGCGCCGUAGUUCAUCUCUUUCUGAUGGGACAGAAGUGUUUUGUGGAAAUGGUGACAACAUUGAAAGAUAUCACCUUGAGGUGGUGGGAAUUGAGCACAGGUUUCAUGUAAACAAGAAGUUUAAGGCGGCACGUAACAAUUAUCGCAUCAAGCAACUGGAGGCAAAUACCGUCUACUCUGUCAGUGUGCGUUCGUUUGACACACGCUUUGACGGGUGGAGUUUAUGGAGUGAGCGUGUUCUCUUUGCCACGCUGAAGCCGAUGCAUUUAACAGUUGGCACUGUUGCGGAACAGUAUGUCAUGGUUGAAUGGGACCGUGAAGAGCAGACAUCUGAGGAAUACAGUGAAAUUGUGGGAGAAGGGGGAGGCAUCGUUCAGCUUGGAAACCCCGAGGUGAUCGCGUACCAGUUGUGUGUCUUCUUCACCCAACACACCCCAUCUCUUGCUGUGGUUGACAAACAGUUUCCGAAGGAUGUGACCCGUUAUUGCCUUGGCUCUCUCUCUGCCGAUACGCCAUAUGUGGCUGUUCUGCGUGCAUGUAACACCGAGUCACGUUGGGGACUUUGGAGCAAGGAGGGAUGCUUCCAAACCCAGCGCAUAUUGGAACUCUGCGUGAUAACGGUGGGUGAAAACUGUGUACGGGUGAAAUGGGAGCGUUCCGAGGUUGACUUUCACGAGGAUGGACGCGGCGCCGGCACAAGGGCGGAACCCAUUAUAUAUCAACUACUGCUGAAGGCCGAAACAGAGACGAUUGAGCGAUUGAUUCAACCCAUUGAUUGUGGUGUGACGGAGGAUGAUUUUAAGCUUCCCACCUAUUUGUUGGAAGGACUUACUCCAAAUACAAACUAUCUGAUGGCGCUUCAACCGGGUUAUGAGGAAAACCGCUGGGGAUUAUGGACUCCCACCAUCAGCUUUAAGACACUGCAACCUAUCUCUAUUACUCCUACCACCAUUGGCUCAAAUCGUCUGGUGAUUUCGCUUUGCCGAGCCGUCGAGACACCGUCAACGGAGGCGGAUAUUGUUGCUACAGGGAAUGAAGAGCCUGAGCGUACGGCGCCUUCUGGGAGUAUUGUAUAUUACCAGCUGGUGCUUCUUAAGACAUACGAACAGCAAAUUGCACAGGAAAAGGAGCGUGAAAGUGAACCGAAUUUUUUGUCUACUCAUGCUACUCUUUUCUCUACGGCAGCCACGCAACGUACUCUUUCCAUUUCUGCAGCUGCGGUUGGUGCGGCUAGUGUUGCUGCUGCUGAUGCUGCUGCUGCUGCGGUUGAGCCCAAUUCUAUUGUUGCUGAAGAUGCUGGAGAGGUGGACGCCGAAGAGGCCAUGUAUGCCUCCCCUACAAUCCCCGCUGCUUCUGUUGCCGUAGAUGCAGAAUCCCUUGCGGCGACGACGACGGAUGAAAAGCCUGCUUUACCUAAAGGACGUGUGGCCAGCGUGGUGAUAGAAGAAGAGCUUCCUGUGCCUGAGGGGUAUGACAGGGGAAGUUUAUCACGUAGUGCGUUUUUUUGUUCACCAGCGAAGAAGGAUAAUGUAGUAUUGACGCGUGAUUUUGAAGUAAACAAGGAAGAUCCAACCAACACCAUCUGUGAGCUGGAGGAACUGGAAAGCUCCACUCUUUACAAAAUCCAAGUCCGUGCGUUGGACGAGAAUGGGAUGUGGGGUACAUGGAAGGAGUUAAAUGUGGAGACGGCACCUUUUCCACCGCAUUCUGUGGCAAUGCACCGCAUCAAUGCCCAAUUCUGUAUGCUGCAGUGGGAACCCCCUGACAACCGGUACCUCUACCGUUACGUGGUGGAGCAGGCUUUUGCCCCCUCCGAUACACGCGGGAAGACAAAGGGUGGAACGGAGUGGCGUGUUGCUGAUACUGUGGAAGACACCUUCUGCCGUGUGCGUUUUACCGUACCGCCUAAUAAGAUGCGUUGCCGCGUCAAGGCCGCACGGGUGGGUGAGGGCCACGAGUUCAGUGAAUUCAGUGAACCGGUGAAACUUUCAAGCGGUACGCCACCGGAGCCGGUGACGCAACUUGCCAUCACGGCCAUUGCAUACAACUUUAUGACGGUGGAGUGGGCUCAAUCGCGGUCCGAGAUCAGCGGCACCUCUCGCCAAGCACGGACAUUGACAUACCGCAUCUAUCUUGGCAUCCGGGACCAUACGCCUAUCUUUGUGACGACCGUUUCUCGGGCCACCAGUUAUACGCUUGAAGAUUUGGAGCCGUCAACGGAGUACACGAUUCAAAUUGUGGUAGAAAAUGCCGAUGGCAUGAGCUACAACAACCCUAUGAUUCGUGCGGUGACGAAAAGUGAGCAGGAUUCGGCUGUCACACGACAUGAACCAGGUGAACCACCUCUGGGCAGCAUUGUGGAGUCCAUUUCAUCCCUGCGGCGUACCCUACUUCCGGAAAUCCCUUCUGCUCGUCCAACGUUGGUCCCGCAGCCGCCAUCACGCUCUAAGCGUAAGAGGAUUAGUGGUAGGAGUACACCCGGGGCGGCGACAGCAACAUCGUCGACAGCGGUAACGGGCACUGCAGCUGUGUCAACUAAUGAAAGCCGUGGGAAUUACAGAUCUAUGUCUCGCACGGGGUCAGCACCGCGUAUUAUGGAAAUGAAUUCAAAGCGAGGAACACGAGAUCGACUCCCAUCCCUAAAGAGGAAGCGUUGA